AUGUUAGAUGGUAGUGACAUAGGUAUAGACGAAAUUAUCACAGGAAACUUAAGCAAGUAUGCAGCUAUUCCACCUGGUUACCUGGCACAGCCAAAAAAGGGCCAUCUUGUAUUUGAUGCCUGCUUUGAAAGUGGUAACCUUGGACGUGUAGACUACAUUACCGAGUUUGAGUAUGAUCUGUUCAUCAGACCAGACACAUGUAAUCCACGUUUUCGAGUCUGGUUCAACUUCACAGUUGAAAAUGUGAAAGAAUCACAGAGGGUCAUUUUCAACAUUGUCAACUUCAGUAAAACAAAAAGUCUCUACCGGGAUGGAAUGGCCCCAAUGGUAAAAUCUACAAGCAGGCCUAAAUGGCAAAGGCUGCCACCCAAAAAUGUGUAUUAUUACCGUUGCCCUGAUCACAGGAAGAACUAUGUAAUGUCAUUUGCUUUCUGCUUCGACCGAGAAGAUGACAUAUACCAGUUUGCUUAUUGCUACCCAUAUACAUACACUCGACUUCAGCACUACCUUGAUAAUUUGCAGAAGAAGAACAUGGAUUACUGCUGCAGAGAGCUUCUAGGACUUAGUGUGCAACAGCGGCAACUUGACCUCUUGACUAUAACCAACCCUGUAAAUCUUUGUCCUGGAGCAGAGCAGAAAAUAGUGUUUAUUACAGCCCGUGUCCACCCGGGGGAAACACCAUCAUCUUUUGUGUGCCAAGGUAUCAUUGAUUUUCUUGUGAGUCCACAUCCUAUUGCCAAAGUCCUAAGAGAUCAUUUGGUCUUCAAAAUUGCUCCUAUGCUUAAUCCGGAUGGCGUUUAUCUUGGCAAUUACAGGUGCUCCCUAAUGGGGUUUGAUCUGAAUCGACACUGGGUGGAUCCUUCUCCCUGGGCUCAUCCUACUCUCCAUGGUGUGAAGCAGCUCAUUGUUCAGAUGUACAACAAUCCGAAAGUUACCCUGGAAUUCUAUAUUGACAUCCAUGCUCACUCCACUAUGAUGAAUGGCUUUAUGUAUGGGAACAUUUUUGAAGAUGAGGAAAGAUUUCAGAGACAGGCUAUUUUCCCCAAGCUACUCUGCCAGAAUGCUGAAGACUUCUCCUUCUCAAGCACCUCCUUCAAUCGUGAUGCUGUUAAGGCAGGGACAGGACGUCGCUUCCUCGGUGGGUUACUGGAUGAUACCUCUUACUGCUACACGCUGGAAGUCUCCUUCUACAGUUACAUAGUUGGUGCGACGGCUUCUACAGUCCCAUAUACGGAAGAAACAUAUAUGAAACUAGGAAGGAAUGUGGCCAGAACUUUUUUGGAUUACUACAGACUAAAUACCAUUACCGAAAGACCUUUAGCACCAAUCUCAAGUACAUGGUGCUUUACCAAAAAGCCUAAGAUAACCUCCUCCUUCAAAGCACUACAAGAGCUUCUAAAAGAAAUAUUUUUGAAAGAUAUGAAUUCUAUGUCAAGACCUCACGCCUCCAUUCUUUGA